CAGAAUUAUAUAAGGAAUUGGACACAGGUGCAAAUUGCAUUCGGUAUUUUAAGCCUGAAACGAAAGACCUGCGACUGCACGACUGUUCGUAGUUGUCUGCGUGAUUCUCAUAGGAGAUGUAAACACAAAAUCUGCAACAUCGUUGAUGUAAAACAUGGCUGGUCUUGAAAGAUAUCCAAUAUUGCCAGAUGAUAGCCAACGUACAUGGGAAAGAAUAUAUGAAAGUGCUGGAGCAAGUAAUGAGUUUCGAAAUCUGGCACAUGAUAUUUCGCAGCCCACGGAAAGGUUUAAGCCGGAACGUCCUACCUCAUUUCCCGAUGAUGAUGUUGCGGUACGGAAAUAUAUUGGUGCUGGAGUGGGGUUAGCCAGUCUUAUAACAGAAAAUUUACUUAGUCACCCAUUUGUUGUCCUGCGUCGUCAAUGCCAGGUCCAUAACAACUCUGUUCGGUAUCACCUCCUGCCUGUCACACUGGUGCCUGUCAUGGUCCACUUACACCAACGGCAAGGUUUCACGACGCUAUGGAAGGGGCUAGGCAGUGCCUUGCUUGUCAGAGGAAUGACCUUGGCAGUUGAGGACAUAAUCAGUAAAGUUACACCAUGGCCUAAGGAAAUAACAUGGAAUAGUUCACUGAAAUCUAUUGGCCAACACAUCUUACUGAAAUGUGUCAGCCUAGCUGUGGUGACACCAUUCUACUCUGCGAGCCUCGUGGAGACUGUCCAGAGCGAUAUCGCCAGUGAAAAGCCUGGUGUGCUCGAUGUCUUCCGUGAAGGCUUUUGCCGUCUGUUGAGUUGGAGUGCCCCUCAGAAAGGUCGCAUGCUGCCAGUGUGGGCCCUUGUUGUUCCUACAGUUGCAUAUGGUCUGUUCAGAUAUUUUUUCACCUUGAUUGUACGUGGAACUACUAGCAGGCUGCUUCAUAUCUCCCACAAAUACGAACAGAGAAAACAGGGGGCAUUGUCACGGGAAGUAACUACUCAAGCUACCUCUCAAGACAUUGAGAUGCAUGCUGCACUUUUUGCAGUAUUUGCAGCAGAUGUUGUCUUCUUCCCUCUGGAAACAAUACUACACAGGUUGCACCUACAAGGCACUCGAACUAUUAUUGACAAUCUAGAUACGGGCUUGGAGGUGAUGCCAAUACUAACAAAUUAUGAAGGUGCUGCUGACUGCUAUCGUGCGACCCUGGAACAAGAAGGCACAAUCGGUCUUUACAAGGGCUUUGGUGCCUUGUUACUGCAGUAUGCUGCACACCUUGCCGUUGUGCGUCUGACGAAGAUCACACUCACAAGGCUCUCCGUUUUAUUCCCUCGUCAGCCCCCAAGACAGUCCCCACCUCCAGAAAAUCCUGUCACAACAGGACGAGGUUCAUCUCACAGUUAUGCAGGGUCCUUCAGACAAUGAUUAAUAAAAGAAAUAGUUAAAGAUUUUGUACUGCAGCAAGUUGCACUGUUUGUACUUUGAUUCUUGUACAUAGAAAAGUAUUUUGUAAAUAGCUGUUACAACAAUCAUUGUAUUUGUUGCACAUUUCAAUAUUAUUUACAGGAUUCCUCAUAAAGUUUUGGUAUCCUUAGAACAUGGCCCUCCCAUGUUGACUAAGAUAACACUUGUAUGUGACCAUUGUGUGCAGCAGAAAAAUGAUGAUCAUGUAAAAAUGCAAAGUCUUGCACUGAUGAAAUUUAAUAAAAUAUUGUUGGGCUUCCAGUCACAUGUAGUUGAUAAACCUGCAUAAUCUUACAGCAUCAUUCUCAUCAAUUACUGUAAAAUAGUUGUGAUUGACUGUCGUGUCAUUGACAUCAAUGUCUUUGUGUAAAGUUGCUACCAGCAUAUCACAACCUAUAGCAAUAUAUAAGGAAAUACCAAAAACUACAUGAGAGCUGGUAGCUAUCACGUUGACAAUAGUUAGCAUGUAUGGCCAUAAAGAAAGAAUUUAAUGCAACUGGAAGCCCAAGAUAAUUAUAUGAAAAUGAUUUGGAAAAAAAAACACAUACAAUGCUGGGGAGAGAGAGAGAGAGAGAGAGAGAGAGAGAGAGAGAGAGAAAGAGAGAGGGAUGGUAUGAGAUAUUAUGCCAGGACCUUUUUUAUUGUUUCAGAAUUCUCGUAUUACUGAAUUGUCUGAUUGAUCUAAUAACUGAAUAUGUACACAGUUUGUAAAUACAUACAGAAAUGACUUUUUUUUAAAUUAUAUAGUUGAAAUGUUAGCUGGCAUGAACAUGAUAUAUACAUUUGCUUAUACCAAUUCAUGAAAGGAGAGGAAUUUAUUUCAGUUUGUUAUGGUCUGUGUAUGUUUUCAGAGUCACAUUUUACAGCUCCUCAUAUUUUAAGAUAAUGGUGAAUUCUGUUGUUAUUUUUAAUACUAGCAGACUUUUCACAAGGGUGUUAUUUUUUUAGUGUUAAAAUAGUAAUUGUCAGGCAAGUACAUAAAGGUUCAUUUGUUUGCUCCAGGAGCAUUUUUACUGCAGUCUUUGAAUUACAUUCAACUUGUCAUUGUUAUCUGUCACAAAUUCUGUUUGGUCCAAUAUAAAUGAUUAUAAUUAAAGUAUUAAGAUGGUUAUUUUGAUAAAAAUUCAUUUUCAUUUUCAGAUACAAUGUAGCAAUAAUUUUUAAUUUAUUUGGUUAAUUUUAUUCAUGUGAACCAUAGAUUGUGGAAGGAUGUUAUUGUACACAAUACUGUCAAAGUAAUAUCAGUUAGUCUAGUCAAGCAAUGUGGCUCCAUAUUAAAGCAGUUGCAUUCCAAUCAUGUCUAUGAAAAAACUAAAUUGAAAAGCUUACUUGUGAUAUUUAAGUAAUACUACUAGUCGUAAAUGAAGUGGUAUUCUGUAUGGAACUGAACUUGUUGAAGUUUGACAUGUUAUUUAAUAAAAUUCUUAUUUUGUUGUAAAA